AUGGGCCCAGGCCCGCUGAGGCUGCCGAAAACCCCGCUGGCCAUUCAACGCCCAUAUCUCCGUACGAUGAGACCACAGCUCGCGUUUUGUUUGCUAUUUUACUGCCUAUUACUCUGGAGCUGCCAGGCAAGACCAAGAUUACCAGACCUGAUCCAGGGUUUUUCUUCCAAAUACAACCGCCACUGCUUCUUCACCGCCCUAAACUGCCUCUACCCGCGCAUGGUUGAUUCUAAGCGGAGUUGGCUGACC